CGAAGCGGUUGGGAUCGUCAAGCAAUCCAGUGUAGCGACGAAAUGGAGAAGAUCGAGGCUGAGAAGCAGUGGCUGAGAUACACGGUUCUUCCGUCGAUACUGAGCAACGGGCGUCUGGUGGACAACUACAGCGAGUCCAAAGUGAACUCAUUCCAUGUGGGCGACAUCGACAUUGAUGUAAUUGGCCACUCGGAGGCCUUUAUGCUGACUUUUUGCUAUCGGACAACCAUUAACUUUGAAUACGACGGCCAAAAGUUCCAGCGAAAAAUGGUGGUUAAGAAAACACCUGCGAUGCCACCAGAAAUCUAUGAAUCCAUACAGUUUGAGGCCCUUUUUACCAACGAGAUCAAUUUCUAUACGAAAAUUCUGCCAGAGAUUCAGAAGUUCACCGAUGGCAAGUUUGCCGCACCCAAGUACUAUUACAGUGAGUUGAACCAGCAUUCGGCUGUGGCCAUUCUGGAGAAUUUCGUGGAGCAGGGAUGGCGGGUCACCAAGGAUCGUGUGGGUCUGAGUCUGCAGCACGCCAUGAUUGCCGUGAGUUACCUGGGAAAUUUCCAUGGCUUUGCGUACGCCAUGAAGCACAAGAACCCGGAGAAGUUUGCCCAGCUGACCGACAAUCUGAAGGAAUCUCGCUAUGCCAACGAUAACAUUCAUCCGGAAUGGCAGCUGUCCAUGAAAGCGAGCAUCGAUCGAGCGGCCAAGGCGGUGGCCACCUAUCAGCCACAGAUCGACAAGGAGUUUGUAAAGAAGUUCUGCUUCAUGAUCUCGGACUACACGCACUACGGUAGGCAACGGGUGGCGCCCAGAGAGCCACUGGCCACUCUAUGCCACGGCGAUUAUGUGAGGAAUAAUGUGGCCUACAGGUACGAUGACAAGGAGGAGCCGCAGGAGAUCAUGAUGUUCGACUACCAGACUUUGCGAGUCUCCUCUCCAAUGGUCGAUCUCAACGUCUUCCUGGCCGUGUCCAUUUAUGCCGAGGUGCGCGAUCCAAACUUCGAGGCCAUCUUCUCUGAAUAUACCUUGGCGCUUCAUAAUAGCUAUAGGGAGCAAGCCAAGGAGGAGGUUCCGGAUUUCCUGAGUCGCGGUGAGCUUCUGAAGGAGUACGUGCGUUUCCUGCCGUACAGCUUAUCGAUAUCGGCCAGUUUCCUCAUGAGUUUGGUGGAUCCCUUGGACAUGUCGCCCGAGGAGAUGUUCGCCUUGCAAGUGUCUGACGAGGAGAUCAUCGAACGGACCAUGAAUCAAGGUGGAGAAGUAGUGGACAGGGAGGUUGCCCACCAGGUUAAGGAAAUGCUGGAGCUGAGCCAGGCGACAGGGGUGUCCAUUGAUGACGGCAUUGAUCUGGACAAGUUGCCCAAGGAGUAAUCAAUUGAUAUUCUAACUGUGGAUGUAAAAGUAAUCAGGCAUUUCAGGUAUAGCGUAACCGUAGAUAAUAAAGUAGAUAUGUUAAAAUGA